AUGAUCCCCCUCUGGACCAUCCCGAUUGCGACUGUGACGGGAAACACCUGUAUCAUCAAGCCGUCGGAGCGCGAUCCUGGAGCAUGCAUGAUCCUUGCUGAGCUCGCCGAAAAGGCUGGGUUCCCUCCUGGUGUCAUCAACAUUGUUCACGGCGCCGCAAAGACGGUCGACUUUAUUCUCGACGAGCCCCGCAUCAAGGCUAUUAGCUUCGUGGGUAGCAACAAGGCUGGAGAGUACAUUUACUCGCGUGCCUCGGCGAACGGGAAGCGUUGCCAGGCUAAUCUGGGUGCGAAGAAUCACGCCGCUGUGCUUCCCGACUGCAACAAGAACCACGCUUUGAACGCUAUUGCUGGAGCUGCGUUUGGUGCUGCCGGACAGCGUUGCAUGGCUCUCAGCACCCUGGUCAUGAUUGGCGAGACCAAGGACUGGGUCCCUGAGAUUGCCGAGCGCGCAAAGCAGCUGUCGAUGAACGGUGGGUUUGAAGAGGGCGCAGACCUAGGCCCGGUGAUUACACCUCAGUCGAAGAAGCGGAUAGAGGACUUGAUUGCCAGUGCGGAGGCCGAGGGCGCGACCAUCCUCCUUGAUGGACGUGGGCAGAAGCCUGCGAACAAGAAGUAUGCCAAUGGCAACUGGGUCGGACCAACGAUUAUUGCAAACGUCAAGCCACACAUGAAGUGCUACACCGAGGAAAUCUUCGGCCCCGUCCUCGUCUGCCUCAAUGUCGACACCAUUGACGAAGCCAUCGACCUCAUCAAUGCAAACGAGUACGGCAACGGCACCGCCAUCUUCACCCGCUCUGGCUCCACCGCCGGCCGCUUCCAGCACGAGAUCGAGGCCGGCCAGGUCGGCAUCAACGUGCCCAUUCCCGUCCCUCUCCCCAUGUUCUCCUUCACAGGUAAUAAGAAGUCGGUUGCGGGCGGUGGCGCAAACACGUUUUACGGCAAGCCUGGGCUGCAGUUUUACACGCAGCAGAAGACGGUGACAAGUUUGUGGCGGAGCGAGGAUGCGGUGGCGACGAGGGCGGCGGUGAAUAUGCCGACGCAUAGUUAG